AUGACCAUAUUUCCAGUUAGAGCUGCCACGAAUGCUUGGAAAAGAUCGAUAUCUUCUAAUAUUACUAGUAUAGUCAAUGAUGUCCUUAAUAAUGCUUCAAAAAAUAGAGCAACUUCACCAAUAAUAACAGGUGAGAAUAUAACAACUGAAAAUAAUAUUUCACCGAGAGACAAAUCUGCAAGCAUCCUUUCCCCUACAGAUAAAUGGAUUCAUGAAUCAUUUACAAAAUAUCGUGGAUAUUUAAAGAAGACGGGUUCAAAAAAUACAAUUACAUUGAAUUUGCCCCAAAUUUUGAGGACUUUACAAAUAUUGCGUUCAUCAGACCAGACACGAUCUUAUUUUAUCUUACUGAAUAGAUUAAAUUCUACUGAGAGAAUCAAUUGGAUCUCUCAAAAUGGGAAAGCGGUUCGAUUAACUAAUAAUCGUGCUCCAUUAGAAUUGUACAAUGAAUUGUCCAAGAUGCUUUAUAGACAAUCGUUAAGAUUAGAAGAUGAUUCAAGUAAUAACGAUAUCUUAGCCAAACUUGCAAUGAAGUUACUAAGAGAAUACUAUGAAAUUAUAAUGGAGUCGCAGCAAGCAGUGACAACUCGUCCGAUCAUCACUAUUGCAACAACGGAUACCGUACCAAAUAGUCUUUUGGAAAAUACCAAGUUUUUCAAAAAUUGUUUAUCCAUCAUCAUUAAAUCGAAGUCCUUUGCAAGGCUCCAUUAUGUUUUAAAAAAAUAUAUUCGGAAUGGAACAGACAAUCUUUCAUAUUAUUUUGCAAUAUUGUCAUUCUAUGAAAAGACGUAUCAAAUUUUUAAACUGAAAAAUUAUAUUAGUAUGUUAUCAUCAUUUGAAAAUACUGAAGUUAACUUACAAGCCGAAUCUGAUAUAAAGUCUUUUAGUAGUAUAAUAGUUCAUGUAACGAAUCGAUUAUUAUCAAAUAAUAUGGAGGAAACUUGUAUUCAGUUUUUUGAUAAAUUGACAAGAGAUUGGAAUUAUAAAAUGCUAGACCAUGAUUAUAACGUGAUACUUGAGAUGAUUGAAAAAUAUGGAUCUUAUAAAUUUCUUUACCGUUUGAAAAUUUUGUUCCCAGAUUAUUCUGAUUCGGAAAUAUCUUUAGUAGACGCUAUAAAAUUAAACUGUAGUGAAAAAUCAUUACUCCAAUUGAUUCCCAUAUUAAACGAUUAUCAUCACAAAUUAGAAUCAAAUGAAUCAGAGCUGAGAUUCUUACAAUGUAAAUUACCGCCACUUUACACAAAUCUAAAAGGGUGGGAGGACUUCUUUCAUUCUUUGUUACCCACACUACGUUCUUCUGCAAUAACGCAAAACACGAAAAACUUCAUAAUGAAUUUGAUCAUAUCACAUGUAGCUUCUGACCGUUCUUUGGGGUUCAUGCUACUAUUUCUCGAGCAUAUAACCUAUCAAUUAAAUUUACCGACUUUAUUGUUAUCCUUUCAAGAAAAUAGAACUGUAAUACUAAAUCAACUUUAUCAUUCACUUCUUCGAUCGAUGGCCGUUAAUCCGUCCGCUAAUAGAUUAUCGCUAUUUCAUUUAUUUAACUGGAUCAAACAGAAUGAAUUAGAUUCCUUCUAUUUCUCUGAACAAGAUUUGAAAAGUAUCUGGAAAACUUUCCCCCAAGAUGUUACAAUAUAUACUAAAUCUGAUUCGCUUUUACUGAAUUAUUAUCAUAAUGAAUUAUCAAGGAUAUGUGAGAAUACUUGUAUUCCAAACCAUUUAGAGACUUUAGUCUCUAACAAUACUAAAAUUAAUAAUAACCAAACAGAAAACCUUACCGCUGUCCAAAUAGAGACUGUAUUACUACAAGUAUCGGGCCCUGUCACCGAUACGCUUGACUUACAUGAAUUACUUGAUAUAGAAAAGAAACAUGAAGGUGGAUCUUAUUUUUUCUCAAUAGAUAAAGGUAAUAGUCAACGACUAAAAGAUAUUUUACAGACUUUAAAAAGUAAAGCAGCUGAAAGACAGGCAAAAACUUGUGAAUAA